UCAGAAGUUUUUUAACAGUUCAUUGAGGUUGGAUAUAGUGAAGUCAGGCAGAAUGUGGUUCACUUAUUCCUUGUUCCUCUUCUUCAUAUUCGCACAAACAGCUAAUUCGAGUGAUGGCGAGCUUCUAUGUUCCAUAGUUAUCUUCAGAGAAGGUAAUCGAACACCACUAUCAAUUCAGGAAAAUGAUCCCUUCAAGGAAAAAUGGCUGUCAGAAGGUCUAGGUGUAUUGACAGAGGAAGGAAGAAACAAGAUGUUCUCAUUAGGCCAAUUCAUCCAAAAACGCUACAAGAAAGAACUUCUUAAUAGCGGAAUAUCGAAUGAAAGCGUCAGUGCCAGAUCUGUUCAAUUCAACUCUCAUAUUGAAUCAGCUCAAAUGGUACUCUAUGGACUACGCGCAUCACUUCCAGACUCUCUCCAAAUAGAACCUAUUCCAAUACUGACUGAGGUUCCCUCGUCCGACAGUAUCAUGAUGUUGGAUUCCUGUCCAGCCUAUGAUAAAGAAGUAAAAAAGUGUAUGCUCGAAGACGAAGCAUUCAAUCAUAUUGACGAGGAAGAAAAGGAGCUUUACAAUCUAAUCCAAGAAAAUACAAAAUGCAACUGCAACUCCUUCACCGAUAUCAAUAAAUGCACAGAUCCUUUGAUUUGCGAAGAUUCGGAAGGCUUAGGCUUGCCCUCUUGGUGCAACGAGACCUGUUAUAAUCACAUCAUGAAACUGCUGAAUCUGCAUUGGAAACUGGAAGUUUCCACUCCCAAACUCUUGAACCUAAAGCUGCAACCAUUCGUGAACGAAAUGUUGGGCAAAAUAAAUAGAUACGUGCAAGGCAACGAGACGAAAUUCCAACUUUACCUUUUUUCAUCCAUGUUGUACACCAUACCGUGUUUCAUGAAAAGUAUAGGCGUUGAGAACGUAGUACCUCACGUUCCGAACUUUGGUGCUGCCAUCUUUGUGGAGCUGAGGAAGGUUGGUAUCGAAUACAUUAUCAAUUUAUUCUACCGGGAGGAUGAAGAUGGCGAAAUGCAGAAAUUGUCAAUCAAAGAUUGCAGUGAAGAUUGUGAAUAUAGCCGACUUCUCCAGAUAAUUCCACCUCUGUUAAAAAAGAGGCGUUUAUCUUGUGGGAAUUAAUAAUGGUUUUUUUUAUGGAAUUUACUUUCAUGAAAUGAUUAAACGAAAAUUAUUUCACUGA